AUGUCUUUGAUUCAUCUUCUUCUUGGAGCCUUGGCUCUGUUGAGGUGUUCGGUGACGGUGAAAGGAGAAAGUCCUUACAAGUUCUACACUUGGACUGUGACUUAUGGCAUUAUCUCUCCCCUUGGUGUUCCUCAACAGGUUAUUCUGAUCAAUGGUCAGUUUCCUGGGCCAAAGCUUGAUGUUGUGACCAAUGACAACAUCAUCCUCAAUCUCAUCAACAAACUUGACCAGCCUUUCCUCUUGACCUGGAAUGGAAUAAAGCAGAGGAAGAACUCAUGGCAAGAUGGUGUAUUGGGAACAAACUGUCCAAUCCAACCAAACUCAAACUUCACAUACAAAUUCCAAACCAAAGAUCAGAUCGGAACUUACAAUUACUUCCCUUCCACCGCAUUCCACAAAGCCGCCGGUGGAUUCGGAGCCAUCAAUGUCUACGCAAGACCUGGAAUCCCAAUCCCUUACCCUCUCCCAGUCGCAGAUUUCACUCUGCUCAUCGGUGACUGGUUCAAAACCAACCACAAAACGCUUCAACAGCGACUCGAUUCCGGUGGGACUCUUCCAUUUCCCGACGGACUUCUCAUCAACGGACAAACCCAAACAACAAUUACCGGCGACAAAGGGAAGACUUACAUGUUGAGAAUCUCCAAUGUUGGUUUGUCGAGUUCAUUCAAUUUCAGAAUCCAAGGACAUAAAAUGAUAGUAGUCGAAGUAGAAGGCUCUCAUGUAUCUCAAAACCCUUACGAAUCUCUUGACAUUCAUGUUGGCCAGUCUCUAUCAGUUCUUGUGACCUUAGACCAAUCUCCUAAAGAUUACUACAUCGUUGCAAGCACCCGCUUCGUAAGCUCCAAGCUUUCAGUCACGGGUCUGUUGCGUUACUCCAACUCUGAUGUCUCAGCUUCUGGUGAUCCCCCAGCUCUUCCCCCUGGAGAGUUGGUUUGGUCCAUGAGACAAGCAAGAUCAUUCAAGUGGAACUUAACAGCAAAUGCAGCUAGACCAAACCCUCAAGGAUCUUACCACUACGGACUAAUCAGUGUGACGAAGUCGUUUGUGUUCUCAAAUUCAGCUCCUUUGAUCAACGGGAAGCAAAGAUAUGCAGUGAAUGGAGUCUCUUACGUGAACUCAGAGACGCCUCUCAAGCUCGCUGAUUACUUCGGCAUCAGUGGAGUUUUUAGCACAAGUGCCAUUCAAAGUUUCCCAUCUAACUCUGCUGCUACUGUUGCAACAUCAGUUGUUCAAACCUCUCUCCAUGAUUUCCUUGAGAUUGUGUUUCAGAACAAUGAGAAGUCAAUGCAGUCUUGGCAUCUUGACGGUUAUGACUUCUGGGUUGUUGGAUUUGGGUCUGGACAAUGGACACCUGAAAAGAGACAACUUUACAAUCGUGCUGACGCUCUCACCAGACACACAACUCAGGUGUAUCCAAACUCUUGGACAACUAUCUUGGUGUCUUUGGACAAUCAAGGGAUGUGGAACAUGAGAUCGGCGAUUUGGGAGAGACAAUAUUCGGGACAGCAGUUUUAUAUGAAAGUAGGGAAUCCAGUGCAGAGUCUUGCCAACGAAUACAAUCCUCCUGAUAAUCUUCUUCUCUGUGGCAAAGCUGUUGGACGACACGUUUAG